GAUUGUACGUGUCCACUUCCUACCUACCUUGAUCCCUACAUUCCCUUAUCGCUGUCUUGCGUCCGACACACCCAAGAUUACACGCCACCGCAAUUACCACGAAGACUUCUCCUCCUCCAUGCACUCAACUCCGGAAACUCCGGCAGCAACGCCGCCAAAUAUGUUGCUCAGCACACUCAAACUCUUUUCUUUCCUGCUCAGCUCGGACUUUUGGAGCCGCACCGCCUUCUUCAUAGGCUACAUUCUCACCUUCCUGCUCGUCCUCGAAGUCGCGCGGCUAGCUAGCACAGAUGCACAUAGAAAGCAUAUUGAAAAGAUACUAGAUGCGUAUGCGGAAGCGCGGCGCGCACAGCGUGUUGAAGCAGCAGCAGCGGAGCGAAUGCAUAGUGAAGCGGCGAAACGCGCUCGGCCUGUGGCUGCGGCAGCACCGGAGAUGCGCAAAGUAUCGCUGCAGGAGCUGGAGGAUAUGGCUCGGAAAAGCAGGAUCGUAGAGAGAGAAAUGGAGAUGGAGUCGACAAUGAGACUACGCACGCCGAGUCCAGCCAUGACGCGCAAGAGCGAAGUCAUGCAUCACGCUGAUACUCGGCCUGUACCUGAUGCUCAUACUGUACCUGAUGCUCGUCCUGUACCGGAUACCCGUCCUGUACCGGAUACCCGUCCUGUACUCGGGCCGCAUCAACAGGUAGACGUAGAAGCAGAAGUAGAAGAGGGAGAAAGACCAAGGAGAAAACGAUCGCCCUCUACAGCAACUGCUACUACAGCAAAGAAAACGGCGCAGAGACAGAAAUCAUCGUCGUCACAGUCACAGUCACAAACACCACAACAAGCCUCGAGUCCGAACCGCAGAUUCAGAAAACGGAGCGACACGCUCAACUCGGCGGGUAGCCCAGAGCCCAAAGAUGCGGCUGGUAGGAGGAAGCGGCGCGAGCGGUCGCCGGUAGAGGUGCUGGUCAAGGGCGAGACGAGGAUUGAGAGUCCGACGAGGAAGAGUCGGGGUAAGGAGACGAGGGGGCUGGGGGCGAGCUGGGGGAGGAUGUUGAGGGGCAGGAGUUAGAGACGGGGGGGAUGCUUGUUUGUUUUACGCCUACGACUUAUGAUGACGAGCUUGGAGUAUGGUGCUUGGAAUGAGGAAGGGAGAGCUGCGCG